AUGGCAACUCCGCCGCGCCGCAGUGCGCAUGCGCGCGCCCCCUUCCCCGACCGUUUCUUCGCCCGUUUUUAAAUCCCCCCCGCCCUGCGCGCGCGCGCUGGCGGUUGGCUCCGGCGGGGAGGGGGCGCGCCGCGAUGUGGAGGGAGGCGGCGCCGCCCAUUGGCUGGCGGAGGGCGGAGGGGGCGGGAGCGCGGCCGGUUGUGCCUUCCCAUUGGCUGGCGGCGGGCGCGGGGCGAGCGGCGGGAGCGGCGGCGGCGGCGGCUCCCCUCAGGCAGCGCCCUCAGGGCCGGCGGCGGACCCCGGCCCGCAGCGCUGUCUCAGGAUGGUUCCCUUCAGCUUCCCGCUGGCCAGGUGCGCGCUCUGGGACCCGGCGCCCAUGGGUGAGGCCGUGGGGUCGCACAUCGCCUACUACAGAAAUCCAAAAUUAUUUCUGAUGGAGAAAACCUUGCGACUUGCCUAUCGCCAUGCUAAGCAGAGUGAAAAGAAAUUAUUUGCCUGUUUUUUACUUGGGACUCUUGCAGUGGAUGAAGAUGGGGAAGGCAUAAAGCUAACAAUAGACCGUUUUGAUCCUGGCCGAGAAGUUGCUGGUGGAUCGGGCAAAGUUCCAACUGCAUCUCUUCCUGGAGACUUUUUGAUUCGGUGUACAGUUAAUGCCUGGGGACCUUCUUCAGGCAGCAUUAUAGUCCACAGUGCUGAAGAUAUCAGCUUGGCUUUUAAGGAUCUGCAGCACAGCCUGUGCAGUAAAGAUUCACUGGACCUGUCUAAACUGCUGACUGUUAGAGCUCACAUUGUUUUCACAGAAAACCUGGAUAAUCUAAAUUUCAGUUUUCACUGGGCUUCUAUUACCGCAGCAAAUAUCUUGGAAUACACCCCUGUGAAAUCUGUCCCAAUUAUUCCCACAGCCCUAGCAAGAAAUUUGAAUGGUCCUAUGAAUAUUGCACAAGUGCAAGGAACUUAUAAAUGCGGCUACCUUACUAUGGACCAGACGAGAAAACUACUUUUGCUGCUUGAGUCUGAUCCGAAGGCAUAUGCUCUGCCAUUAGUUGGAGUUUGGCUGAGUGGAGUUACUCAUAUCAGUAGUCCUCAAGUUUGGGCAUGCUGCCUGCGAUACUUAUUCAGUUCUUCAAUUCAAGAAAGGGUUUUCUCAGAAUCUGGGAGGUUUCUCGUUGUGCUUUAUUCAUUGACACACAAAGAUCCAGAGUUUUAUGAGUGUGUUCCAUGCCGUGGACAGACUGAAUUAGGGUUUCAGCUGUUAACUUGCAAUGAAACUGUACACCUCUUUAAAAAUGUUGAACCUUCGGACAAGAUCCCUAUCCAGUUUGAGUUGAGUGCAGAAAACCAAAACGCAGAAACUGAGUUCUUCAGCAGAAUCUGCAAGAAACUUCCUAUUAGAAGUCCUCCCCACGGCUGUUCACCUAGUAAGCUGUCUGCAAGUGAUCACGACUCUGGUGUGGAAGAUGAGGAUUUAUCCCCAAGACCCAUUCCAAGUCCACACCCAGUGAGUCAACAGGUUACCAAGAUCUUUCCUUCAGUUCCUGAACUGUCCCUUGUUUUGGAUGGGAGCUUCAUGGAAUCGGGACAGUUGCCUAAGCCUGUGGGAACUUCAAGUGCUAAAAGUCUACCUCGAGUGCUACAUCAGCCUAUUAAAAAGAAAUGGUGCUUGGGAUCUAUGUAUUACCCCAGCCAGUACUCUGACGACAAACAAAACUUGCCUGAUAAUGUAGGAGAUCCCUCUUUGAGGCAAUUACCAAACCAUUUGAAUCAGAAAAUUCCACCUUCAAGGCCUUCCAGGGGCAAGCAAGCUCAACUCCAGCAGCAGUUGCACUGUAAGAAUGCCUGUCCUCAAUCAAGAAAAAGUUCUGGAUCUUCUCCUUCGACUCCUUGUAGUGGGCCUUCCCCAGAGGCAUCUGAGCAUCAACCCAGAAGGCCACCACAAAGGUUUGCAUUAAAUCCCGAUGGAGCUGCACAGCAGGGAGAGCCUCCAGUUCGAAGAACCUCAGUGUCCAGUUCCAGGCAACUUCCUGCUGUUACACAGCCAGUCCUCUACAACUCUGCUUUUCCACCACAGAGCUGCAGAAGGCCACCAGAACUGCAGAUGCCAGUUCAAGUUCCACCUUGCUGUCCAACCAGCGCAUGCAACUGUCAGUUUCCUGCUUCUGUCCAAUAUAAUCCAAUAAACUCCUGGCAAGGAACUGGUAAAAUGAGCCCCAAGCAUGGAGCAGAAGUCCUGUCAGAGAUGGCUCAGCAAAAUCCAUGUACAGUGCUCCAUCAAAAUAUCAUUUGUCCAAAUAUUUGCUGCAAUCCAGGAUAUACCACAAGUAACCCCAUAAGCAUGGGAUGCCAUGGGAAAAUGGGGAACUGUUCUCUUGAAAAUAGCUUGUUGCAUGGGAUAAGACCGCCUUCAAGUGCAGGCCCUUCUAGUCCACAGUUUUGUGGAGCCCACUCACCAUGCCUGCACGCGCCUGCUUCUAAAGCAGGAUCAGAUAAUGGGAUGAUGGGACUAUCUCCAGAUGCUUACAGGGUUCUUACAGAACAAGACAGACAACUCAAAUUACUUCAAGCCCAGAUCCAACGCUUAUUGGAAGCACAGGCUCGUCAGGCUUGUUCCUCCGAAACAGCCUCAUCUAGCAAUGCUCAGCAGCCUGAGAAGCAAGGGGAACUUGUUACUAUGGAAACUCAACCCUCACCAGCUUUGCCCAUGAGAAAAAGUGUGAGCAUUGCUGUGAGCACAGGUGCUAGCUUAUUUUGGGAUGCACCCUCAGAAAAACAGGAUGACUCCAUACCACAAGGAAAGAAAGAGGAUGCAGAGAUUUCUAAGGAAGACAUAAACAUUUCAAUUAAUGCUGAGCAAGAUGCAAGUAAUACAAGUAUUGCUUCUUCUUUAAAGGUGGUUGACAUGCCCAGCUUUGUAGACAGUAUUCAUCUUGUGGAAGAAGGAGCUAAUCAGAAUACUCUCCAAAAUGAAAAUGUUUCCCAAGCACUUAUUCACAAUUCAUCCUUGCAAGAAAGUGCAAGCAUGUGCUUACAGGAAGAGCCAACAGAGGGAGCCAGCAACCAUGUGGUGGUAACAAGUGAGCAAAACCUGGAGCCACCCACCUCCUUGUUGCCCCGGUGUCCAUCGCAGGAUCAGAAGCUCUACCAGCACUUGCUGGGCCAAGUAAACCAUCUCUUAAAGUCCUCAGAAGAGCAAGAUCACUUGCCAGUAAAAACAGGAUUUGUUAAUGAUGGUCCUAAGUAUCAGAGUGGUGAUGAUGCAACAGAACAGGACUCGGAGGCUGACACGGGAGUGGUGGAUAAAGAGAGUGUGAUUAGCGCUACGCUCAAGCAACUGAGGAGUCUUGGAGUGACAAUUGAAUCGCCCAGCAAAAUGAAGAAAAAUACACACAAAGUGGAGAAUGCCAGCAUCCUGGCAUGCAUAAAUCCCGAAGCAGUGAUUCCUGGACUAAAUUACAUGUCGUUUGCCAACGUCAGCAUGUAUGGCUUAACUCCCAACGUAGUUGAUCUGAGCAUGGAAGCAAACGCUAUAGCACUCAAGUAUCUCAGUGAAAAUCAGUUAUCUAGACUUUCUCUCAGUCGCUCAGGCCCAAAUCCUCCUCCCGAUUUCUCUUUCCAAGACGCCUCACAUGCAAAUGUGGACAAGAGCAUGGUGGGCCUUAGCCUAAUUUCACCAAACAAUAUGUCCUUUGCCACCAAGAAGUACAUGAAACGAUACGGACUGAUACAGGGCAACGACAGUAGUGAGGAUGAAGAGGAACUGCACGUUCAAGGUGGCAGCUGUGGCACUGACAAAAGUGAAAACGCGCUGCACAACUGCACCCCUGUGUCGGAUGGCUUCAACCACUGGACUCAAUUAUCCAAACGAAUUGAUGAAGGACUCCCUGCUCAUCUGAAAAGUCGCAGCAGAGAGCUGACUGCUAAUGCUCCUCUGCCAGAAUUAAACGGUCCUAUGAUAAGAAACAUUACAAAUGAUUUUUUUCCUCCCAGAGCAGAACAAGCAAAUGAAAACUCGGUUGAGAUUUUGAAGGAUUUAAAAUCAAACCACAGAUUGUUACCUGGGAAGGUUGAAUUCACUGAACAACCUGGCAGGAAAUAUGAAGGAGACAUUAAAGUUUUCCCUGGAAAUCUGCAUACUUCAGCCCUUGAAACAUUACACCAGUCACACAGCAUGAACUCGGUUGGCACCAUUCUUGAUGUAAAACAACUCAGGCAACUGCCAAAGUUGUUCUGAACAUCUCCAGAGAUAACUGGCAGAUGCUGUUUCAAAUCGAAGUGGGACCCCUCUGUAAAAGACUGCAGGAAACCAAGGAUUAAGCUGUCUUUUAUGAGGUCUCUUUGUUGUAGCAACAUUAAAAUUUGCAGAACUGAGCUUUCAGCCCAGUUUGAGAGCCACCUCUAGAUGUCUGGUCGAGUCAGUGCUGGUCAGCAUUGAAGUAUGUUUGCACUCGUGUUUACAGUUAAGCAUAAUUUUAAAGUAUCCAGGAGGUGAAUCAACUUGAAGCCUUAAUGAAGCUUUAAUAAUGAUGCUUAUUUAAAUGCUCUUCUGUUGAAUUUUUUAACUACUGACUUUUACGUGUUUGUGCCAACUGUGAGCCAUCGCUGUGGUGUGGCAGAGCAGGGGCAGCAGAGCUAAAGCACUAACUUCUAGAAGUCUGAAACGUUUGGAUUCCUGUGUGUGGGGUUGCGCUGGGUGGGAAGGGAACUAUAACCAUGGUUUUACUUUGCAUAAAGUUAUUUUGAAUUCAGACAGGAAGGCACAUGUAACAGACUCUGUAUCAUGAAAUUUUAUAAGGAAAUCGGGGAAAACUAGCACUUUCAUAACUUUUGUGAUUUUUUUUUUUUCUGAAUGAAUGUUUUCUAUUUAUUUAAUAACUACGAAUUGCUCAUAAAGGUCAAAUAUUUCAUUAAAAAAAUAAAAAAUC